AUGUCGUCACAUAACACGCUCAGCGCCGCGUCGGAGGAUCGCAAGGCGCGCCUUGCCAAGCUCAAGAACCUCAAGCGCAAGCAACCCACCGACGAGCUCGUCGCACCCGAAGCCGACGAACGAUUGCCUACUCCGUCUGGCGACAAGCAAGGCGAGGAUGGCGAGGACGAAGAGGCGCCUCCUGACGUGACACAUCUACACCUGUCGGGACGAAAUUACGACCCCGAGACGCGCGGGCCGAAACUCGGAUUCGAGGCACCGCCUACUCUCGGCGACGACAAGACUUUGCUUGAGCAACAGGCCGCCGACCUCGAGGCCCAGGUGAAGCAGCAAGCGGCAGCCGAGGCUUCUGAGGAAAAGGGCAUCGAUCUUUUCAAGCUGCAACCGAAGAAGCCUAAUUGGGAUCUGAAGCGCAACUUGGAGCAAAAGAUGGACGUCCUCAACGUCCGCACAGACAAUGCCAUUGCGCGCCUGGUCAAGGACCGCAUCACCGCUGCGCAAAAGGCGGCCCAAAAAGCUUCGGGGGGAGAAGAUGUCGAAACGGCUGGAAUGGAUGGCGCUACGCUCGUCGAGUCUCUCAGAGUACGAGAGCAGGAAGAGGAGGAAGAAGAAAGGCGAGAAAAGGCAGAAGAGGAAGCACUGACUGCAUAA